AUGGGGUUUUCAGGGUUGUUCAAGAGGUUUAGCAGUCUGUACAAACCCAAUGCCAGAAUCCAAGCAUACCCAUCUCCCUACAUGCCCGGAAGAAGAGCCUUAUCAAGCUCUAAGCUUUUCAACAAUGGCGACGAUUCUGUGCUUCCGGUUCUGAUAGUGGGUGCAGGACCUGUGGGUCUCGUUCUUUCCAUACUCUUAACAAAGCUAGGGGUCAAAUGCGCGGUUUUGGAGAAAAGUACAAGUUUCUCCAGACAUCCACAGGCACAUUUCAUUAACAAUCGGUCGAUGGAGAUAUUUCGCAAAUUGGACGGCCUGGCAGAGGAGAUCCAGAGGUCUCAACCACCAGUAGAUUUGUGGAGAAAGUUUAUAUAUUGCACUUCGCUCUCCGGUUCCAUUCUUGGGUCAGUGGAUCAUAUGCAACCUCAAGAUUUUGAGAAAGUUGUCAGCCCAGUCUCUGUUGCACACUUCUCUCAGUACAAAGUAAAUGCAUUACUACUUAAGCAGCUUGAAAAUCUCAGCUUCAAGUUUUGUACGCCUGAAGGGUUGAAAUGCCUUGACCAUGAAGCCUUUGAGGCAAGACAAAUAUUGAUAGGCCAUGAAUGUGUUUCCAUCAACGCCAGUGAUGAUAUUGUUUCUGUCACCGCAUCUUUUCUGAAGGAUGGAAAACAUAUGGAGAGGAAUAUCAGAUGCAAUAUGGUUGUUGGUACAGAUGGUGCUGGAAGUACUGUGCGUAAGCUGGCUGGUAUAGAUUUGAGAGGUGAAAAGGACUUGCAGAAGCUUGUGAGUGUCCAUUUCUUGAGCAGAGACCUUGGAAAUUACUUGCUCAGUGAGAGACCUGGCAUGCUGUUUUUUAUCUUCAAUACUGAAGCUAUUGGGGUCCUUGUUGCACAUGAUCUCCAGCAAGGGGAAUUUGUAUUGCAGAUACCAUUUUAUCCACCCCAGCAAAACCUUGAAGAUUUCAGUCCCAAGACAUGUGAGAGGAUAAUCUUCAAAUUGGUAGGUCGAGAGCUUGGAGACGUAAAUGUGAUUGACAUCAAACCUUGGGUGAUGCAUGCUGAAGUUGCCGAGAAGUUUCUGAGUAGUCAAAACCGUAUAAUACUUGCUGGUGAUGCUGCUCAUCGAUUCCCUCCUGCUGGUGGAUUUGGCAUGAAUACUGGAAUUCAGGAUUCUCAUAACCUUGCCUGGAAGAUAGCUUCUGUUGUAAAGGGUAUUGCACCACCUUCAAUACUUAAUACUUAUGAAACAGAACGUAGGCCGAUUGCCAUUUUCAAUACAAAUCUUAGUAUUCAAAACUUCAAAGCAGCCAUGGCUGUUCCUGGUGCACUUGGUCUUGAUCCAACAAUUGCAAACUCGGUACAUCAACUAAUAAAUAAGGGGGUUGGAUCCAUUUUACCAUCUGGAGUUCAGAGCGCCAUUUUGGAUGGUAUUUUCACUUUAGGUCGUGCACAGUUGUCAGAAACUCUUUUGAAUGAAAACAACCCACUUGGAGCGUUAAGGCUUGCUAAUCUGAGACGCAUAUUUGAAGAGGGAAAGAGUCUCCAGCUUCAGUUCCCAGCUGAGGAUCUUGGUUUCAGGUACCCAGACGGUGCACUUAUUCCUGAUCAUGAUGGUGCACAGGGUAGUCCAGAUGAACCUACUGGUUGCCGGAGGGACUAUGUUCCUACGGCAGAUCCAGGUUCGAGGCUCCCUCACAUGAAUGUGAGGAUAUUGUCAAAUUCAUCGAGUGAGGCAACUAUUUCUACUCUGGAUCUCAUAUGUGGAGACAGAGUUGAGUUUCUCCUUAUUAUAGCACCAAUGGAGCUGUCCUACCAUGUUGCUCAUGCUGCAUUGAAGGUGGCUGAGGAAUUCAAGGUUUCUGCAAGGGUGUGCGUGUUGUGGCCUGCUGGUAGUGCUGAAGGCAUUGAGGUAGGAAGUAAGGCAUCAUUGAAACCGUGGGAGAACUACAUAGAUAUUAUGGAAGUUAAAAAGUCAUCAAAUGCUUCGUCAUGGUGGGAUAUCUGUCAAAUGAGUGAUGAAGGAGCCAUCCUAGUUCGGCCUGAUGAGCAUGUUGCUUGGCGUGUGAAGUCUGGUGUUGUUGGGAACCCUAUAAGGGAAAUGAGAAGGGCUUUUUCUGCUGCCUUAGGCUUGAAGUCACCAAAUAGAGACCAAGAAGCUGGAGCUGUAAGGGAGUGGUCUUGAUGUGAUCAAGGCUCGUUAUACACCAGUAACAAGAUAUUACUUGUUCAGCGCUAGAGAUAAUGCAAUGGCUCCCUCCUAAAGAAGAGUUU